CGUUCGUUCCGUUCAGAACAUUCUGGUUGCCGUUGCUUGCUUGUCGUCGGGUAUACUGCGGUUGAUUGUGACAAGCGGUUCUGCUGCAGUUUGUUGUCCCACUGUUUGGAGUGGUCCGGAUUCUCGGGUUUUCCGGUGUCGAUUCUCGCCGCGUGAUUGAUUCUCUUAUCGGGUGACGUUGUUGUAAGGAUUCCGGACGAUAGCGGAUUCGGUUACCGGGCUUGUUUUUCUUUUCGGGCUCCAACCGAAAGGUUUUCGACCUUUUAGGGAGUCUCAGUCGGAGAAAGCCGGUCACGUUUCAGAAAUCGCGCUGAUUUGGAACCGAGUCAGUCAGUCGUCGAAGGGAAUUGACCACCGGAGCGUGACGACGACGACGGGUGCUAUUUAUGUGUCAAACUAAACCGGGGCUCCACUUGCUGUCAAUGGAUGCAUGAAUUGUUGUUCCUGCUUGGUCUCCUAUUGUCGGUUUGGGUUGUUGGAGGUUUGAGUCGAUUGAAUAAUUGCCGGGAGUGUCUGUGAUUUAUUGGCCUGGAUUUGGUGAAUUCUGUUGCUGAAAGCUCCCCUUGAUUUAGGAUCUUCGAUUCAGAAUUAUCUCGACCGGUUGAUUUGUGCAAUCCGGAAUUGGAUAGCUUAAGCAUCAACAAAGCCAUCAACGACAAAUACAAAGGUAACAACAAGUGACUUGGUUGCUGCACAAAGCAGCAAAAAGUCAUCAGUGAAGUGAAGUGGUUUGCGUGUGAUCACUUGAUCGGUUCGAUCGUUCAACGAAGAUCACAGGUGUUUGGUGCGAAGCAGGAGAGCCGAAGUUGUUUAUCUUGAGUGUAUUAGUGUGCUAUCGUUCUUCGGUGGCUCUCCGCAAGUGGUGAAUCGAAUUUCAGGAGGUCUGUGUGUGGAUUACUUACGAGCAACAUGAUUCCGACCAUGAUCGAGGGUCGGUCUUCAGGUGCGGCCAGCAGCGGAAGGCUGGCCCUGCUUCUGACCGCAGUGAUGACACUGCUGGUUACGACCGUGGCGUCUAGAACACCCGUUUCCAUGACGUUGGAGGAACAUAUCAGCGAUGAUCCGGAUUUGUCACAGUUCUACGAUUUAAUUCAGGGCAAUCCUAUAGCGUCGGCCGCUCUGAAGCUAAGAGCGUUGACGAUUUUUGCCCCAACGAAUCAGGCCUUCCAACGAUACCAAGGCAACCGGACCAUUGUGCUGUACCAUAUCUCAACGGUCGCACUGCCUUUGGAACAGCUAGGAUCGACUGUAAUCUCGGAUUUCGAUGGAAAUCCACCGAUCUACGUAACGAGGAGAAGGCAACCGGCAGGAAGUGGUGCUGAGGACAUCUUCGUAAAUAACGCCAAAGUUAUCCGCAGUCGAUCGAAUGUGCAGCUGACCAAUCAGAUGGGAAAACGACAGGUUCUGCACAUAAUUGAUGACGUACUAACACCGCUGACAGUCAAUCCGUCUACCUCCUUCGAGCUGUACAACCUGGACGCAUUCCAGUUCAUCCAGAAUGCGGAAAACCUGGACAUCAAUCAGCAUCGAAUUCGCUCCUUCCGGCAGAAGAUAAACGUGUUCCGGAAGGAUGACAUCUACAAGGCGGUCGGAGGGCACACCUUCCUGAUUCCGGUUGAGGAAGGAUUCAAGCCCCCACCGCGUCCGGACAUGAUCGAUCGCAAAGUGAUCGAUGGGCAUGUGAUUCCGAAUAAUGUUAUUUUUACCGCACCGUCACCGUUGAAUGAUCCGCUGGAGACGUUGGCUUUCGAGGAUAACCUCAAAGUUACCGUGACCUUCUUCCGGCAGGGCGAGGGCAAGAAUGCUAAAGUAUACGUCCGGUCGAACACGGUUAUUGGCGACUCCAGGCACGCUUCCGGUGCCGUCCUGGCUGAAAUCGUGAAAGCCAACAUUCCGGUCCGAAAUGGAGUCAUCCAUCUGAUCCACCGACCCCUGAUGGUAGUUGACACUACGGUGCUCCAGUUCCUCGAGCAUUACAAAACCCAUCAUUACGAUGCUCACGCCCACUCGGAGGAGCAAAAUAGUUCAGGUGGAUCAGAAAAGGAAAAGGAAGACGGACCGCUGUUCAAGUUCUACGAACUGAUUGCCGAUUAUGCGCCGGAUUUCUUCCGAACCAUGCAGAACACCCAGCAGAUGACGCUGUUUGCCCCCAGCAACGAGGCACUAAGCCAUCCGAUCGUGAGCAAUUUUAUCAGUAACUUAUCCUCAAACAGGACCACCAAAGCUCUCGACGAUCCGGGAAAUCGCGAAAAGCUUCGGGAAAUUUUACACCUGCACCUGGUCCGGGACAGCAUCACCACCGACAAAAUCCGCAAGAACAACCAAAAUCAGAUCUACCAGGUGCCAACGGGGGCGGAUAAGAGGUUCCUGUACUUCAACGUUAUCACCAAUCGGUACACCCACAAUCAGACGAUCACAGUCGAGGGAGGUGGGGUGAAUGCGACCAUCAUUCUGAGUGACAUUGCUGCCACCAAUGGGUAUUUGCAUAUCAUUGAUCGGGUGCUCGGAAUUCCCUACAUGACGGUGCAGGAGAAGAUCGAAACCGAUCCGAUGUUGAAUCUAACUUACCAGUUCGGCCGGUACAACCAGUUCAACGAGCAGCUGAACAAAACCACCAAACGGUUCACCUACUUCAUCCCGAGAGACAAGGCCUGGAUGCAGUGGUUCCAGGAGCACAGCGGAGCCAACCUGAACAGCUUCCUCACCGACAUCUACCAGACAAGAUCGGUCCUGGAGCGCCAUCUGGUUGUGGCGGAUCGAGUAUUUACCAUGUCGGAUCUGAAAAACAUGUCCAACGAUUCGCUCAUCCUGCCCACGGUCGGUCCCCACAAUCUGCAGAUCCGGGUCAAGGAGGAGGAACGAACGGAAGACGACUAUACGAGUACGUUACAGUCCGGGUUCUACAUCCAGUGGCGUGAAACUGGAAAAUGGAUCCCGGUCUUCCGGCCGGAUGUAGAGUGCACCAACGGCAUCAUCCACGUGAUCGACGCCCCCCUAGUGCGUGACAACGACAUCUCAACGAGCGGGACUAUGAAAAGUGGAGUCAGCAGCAUGACAACCCUACUGAUUUUUGUCACCUUCGGCUUCCUGGCGAAGGUUUUGGCAAAUCACUAAGAAGAACUGAACUAAGUCAGUCACUCAUCACAUCAUCAUGUCCCUAAUCAUCGAACGAGCAGUUGAAACAUAAAAAAAAAAUCCAUCAUCAUCCCGUCAAAUCGUGUCCGAUAGAUAGGAGAGCUUCUAUGUAAAAAAUAAUUCAAAACAAAACCAAUUGCGAGUUUAGGGCUAUCAAAGUAAGGAAACAACAAUCGAAUAAGGAAGAUGUCACUAUAGAAAAAAAAAACGAACUUGGCAACAGGUUUUUGGAAUUGUCAUCCUAAGGACAAAACUGCUUUUGCAUCAUCACUUUUUUCUUUGAACUUAAAAAUUUUCAGAUAAUUUUUUGAAUUAUUCCUGAAAAAAAACAAAAGCAAACUGAAUGUAAAUCCAAUCAAUCAACCAAUAACUAACGAAGAGAACACUUAAAAAACUGCCAAUUGAACAUCUUCAAUGAACACGAGGCUUAUCAAAGAGACAGAAAUAAAGCGAAAGAGCGAUUUUAAAGUAAAUCUCAUCAAAUAAGAUCGAUCAUAGUAUAUGUGCUAAGCUAAACAACAAAGUUUCAUUUAAGGGCUUCGAUUCGAUGAUAGUUUCCACAUUUUGUAACAAUGUUGUGAAUCUCGAGAAAAAAAAGAUUAGUUUCGAAAAAAGUUUCUCUCUUAAGAAUUUUGUUUGAAGAGCGCCAUCUGAUGGCUAGUAGCAAAAACAUAACUGAAAGAUAUAUUUUUUUUAUUUUCCUACUAUACAUUUUUAAACCUUCCAAAGCUUCAGUGAAAACUUGCUUGUGACCAACUUUUCAAACGGAACCAAUACAAAAAAGCAUUUGUUUUUGCAAAUAUUCAUGAUUUACAAAAAAUCACAAUAGAAAAAUACAAAUCGAAACAAAAACAUUUAAAAAAUCAGAUUGUAAGAAAAUCUAAUGGCAUAAAAAAUCGUAACUUGCUUCAAUUGCUGCUAAGUUUUGAAAACAUCAGUACAUCCACCCCCAUCUUUCAUGUGAAAAUAUUUCGUUCGAUCGAAUAACACACUUUAGUUUUUCUACAGAAAGAAUGCGAGCUGUGUGUAAAUUUAGAAAAAAGAA